AUGUCAACAUCUGUACAGCUAGAGCCUGUCAUGGAGAGAAGGUAUGGAGGAGUUGGCCGAUGUAAGUGCUCGUUCUGGUUCGCAGUGGCCCACGACAUUCUCGGCGUGUUCAUCAUGAUGGUGGGGGUGUUUGGCGGGCUGGUUAUCCACGAUUUGUUCAUCUAUGCGGGGGCUAUCAUCAUCUUCCUCAGCCUGAUCUGGUGGGUGUUCUGGUACUCCGGGAACAUCGACGUACCACCCGAGGAGCUGGAGGACGACGUGGGCUUGGUGAAGCUGAAGAGCCGUGGACUCAGCCGGGCCGUGAGGCAAGUGUCAGAACGCUUCACCAGCAGGAUCAGGAACUCUUUCAGAAAGACCAGCAGGUCUAUCAGAGAGGGCCCAGUGGGCAACAAUAGACCUUCAAACAUGGGUACAGGUGUGUCGCUCUCCACUAUCUAUGACAGCACCAUUGCCUCCUCAUCUAAAGAACUCGUGAGAGAGACGUUGUCAAUAUGAACUAACCCAUUACAGGCUGUCAAUGAUGCCAAGAGACACUGAACUUGGAUCUGUAUAUUUGUUGCCUUUACUCGUCAGUUCUGUUGACAGUGUGUUUGCCCUGCUAAC